AUGACCUCUCCAGAUGCUUCCUCGUCUAUCUACUCGGGUAACGGCCACAGAAGAACGCUUUCCGACCGAACCAAGGCAACGCCAGCCUCAUUUGUCAGACAUCUGCGAAUUUAUUCACUGGACGGCCCAAACCUCGGAAGUCCCAACGCACUGGUCGGAUCUCUAAACGGCCGACUGCUAUUGCUCCAGAACAAGGUCCAGACCCAGGACCUUCCACCAGAACUCUCGCCCAUAGUUAACCUCAUCAAUGCCCAGCGGUUGAGAACGUAUGCCAUCGGCAGUUUCCAAAUUCCGGCCGUUUACGAAAACGAAACAGCCUGGAUCGAAGUUGAAGCUAAGUUGACAGGGUCUGAAUUGGCCGUCUGGCGCCCCUCUACUGAAGAGUUCACCCUUGAAAAUGGAAACAAUGAGUUCAAACCCAAGUACAUCAACUUGAUAGAUUUCCGUGUUGAAGUCUGCAAAGGUACCGAGAAUCAAAUCAAGAUCUACCAGGACUUCCAGGACGAGAACACUGUUUUAAUCCAAUUCAACUCGAGAAUGGAUCUCAAUGAUUGGGUUUCUGCUAUUUUUUUGAGCAAGUUUGAGUACAAUUCGCUCAACGAGGCAUUUACAGCCGUCAUGUUGUCUCUUAAAGGCUCAAAGCUCGCGGAUAUUCAUGUUCUCUUAUCGCUGAAAAAACGAUUUGCAAAGUAUGAAUGGUGUAAUUUACGUCUCCCACAGAUCUCGUCCAAAUGGCUCAAGGUUUAUGUGUGUAUCUUUCCAAGCGAUAACAAGAAGAAGGGAAGAAUUGAGAUCUACACCUCGGAAAAAAUGACCAAGAAGAACUUGAUGGUCUAUAUUCCAAACUUAACAAAUGCAUAUAACGUGUACCCAGAACAGGCUAACAUGAUUGACGUCAACUCCAUCAUGAAGUUGAAUGGAGAAAUCCACGUCAAUAAGCAGUAUGCGCAUUUGUUCACUCACCACACUCAGUCUAAUAAUAACGAUCUUGUAAUUUCUUCUGGUGCCAUUCGCACUUUUGGCAGAAGCGAGUCGAACAGCUCCUUGUCUUCUGUAGCUGCUGGAGGACCACCAGUAACUCCAUACCACACGCAUUCGAAAAGCUUGUCUGUAGCUUCGACUACUUCGUUUUUCAAUAAUGGUCCUACUCCUACUCCGGACGAUCACCAUAGUAAAAAGUUGCACCGUAGAACGUUUUCUGGUGCUUCUGCCUCCAGUACCAGUCAGAGUGGAACUCCAGAAGCAAACUCUCCCAAGGGAUCGUCUUUCUUCAAGAAGAAUAUGUCGAAUUUCGUCACGGCCGAGUACUUGUAUCUUAUGCCUGUAUCUCAUCCAGGGGUUCCAGCCAUCGAAACCAUGAUCCGUAACUACUUCCACAUCAUUGAUGCCUACAAGUUGUACGGUAGACCAAAGAAGAUGAUCAGUGAAAAAACAGAUCCAGGAUCGUUGUUGUUUGGCUUACCCUCGUUGCCGCAUUAUCAAUACCUUUCUAUUGACGAUGUGCAUAACUUGGCAGAGCAGAACAUUAAUGAGUGUAUCGAAGAAAACUGGACCGAGUUCGAAUGGAGUAGAGUGUUCAAAGAAGCGAUUUCCGUCAAAUAUAAAAACCCCAAGAAGAUCUACAAGGGUCAUGGGGACAUCGGCAAGUUGUACAGCAACUUAGACAUCGACUAUGAUGAGAUUGCCAGUCCU